AUAGAAGUCUGUGGACGGUGCUAUCCAGAUUGCCAGCUAGAGCUGUCAUACUUUUCACGAGGUUAUGAUCCGGGCAAUGAAUAGUUCGUACGACUUAUAAUUCACGUGGAUCGCAUACGAUUGUACGACAUAUACCAAAUCUGUAAUCUUGACAGAACGAAUUUUGCAAACAAUGGUGUUGAAUGAUUAUCCGGAUCCAGAGAGAGUAGGAUGCGGCUUCAAUGCGUUCAAAGAGACUGACGAAGUGAUCGCUCUGAUAAAGGAAUUGAGGAAGCCAGAUUUAUCGCCGAGUCUAGUGGAAAGGAACAGAGAUCGCUUCAACUUUAUUUUCUCUCAGUAUCAGGAUCAGCAUCAGCUCUUAGACCCGUAUCUCGAGAGAAUUUUGGGAUCUUUGUUGUCUAUUAUAAAAGAUGACUGUGCGGAAAGCAUCAAGCAUAACACAUUCAAAUAUCUAUUCAUCAUUAUGUCCGUAAAAACAUAUAAAAAGAUCGUUACUUACCUACCGCACGAGGUGGUGGAUCUUUUACCUGUGCUAAGAAUGCUCGAGAGGCAAAGUCCAAAUGACGUAGAGACUUGGGAGACUCGAUAUGUUCUCCUUAUAUGGUUAUCUAUUAUUUCAAAAAUACCUUUUCCCCUGUCCCGCUUAGAGACAUCUGACAAUGUAGAUCUAGAGCAAACUAUUGUUGUCAGGAUCUUAAAAGUAUGUAAAUUAUAUUGCUUGUCGAAAGAUGCGUGCGCUGUAGCGGCAGUAUUCUUAAUAUCAAACUUUUUAACAAGGUCUGAUGUCAAAAAGUUAUACCUGGAAGAAAUGAUAAUGUGGUGUCAAAAGUGCAUAGAAGACGACCCUUCGAGACACGGACCAUUGGCUGUGAUAGCCUCGAUAUUGAAACAUAGCGCCAGAGAAGAUGUUAGACAAUACAGUCUGAUGCUUCUUGAUAAUAUGUUAAAACUGCACUUGGAUGACAAUCCAGCAGACCUUAUCAGAAAAUUUGGGAUAAAGGUUGUCCAGCGCAUAGGCUUGGUGUUAUUGAGAACAAAAUUAGCAUCUUGGCGCUAUCAGAAAACAAGCCGACCGAUAAGUGUCACACCCAAUAUUAAAACGGAUAGUAUUAUUGAGAGUGUUACCGAUCUUAAGAAAACUAUUUCAAGCGACAACGAAGAUCAGGAAAUUCCUCCAGCCAUCGAAGAUAUCAUAGAACAACUCAUACAGGGUCUUCGGGAUAAAGCAAUCACUAUAAGGUGGUCCGCGGCAAAAGGUAUUGGCAGAAUAACAGCGCGACUGCCGCUUGACCUGGCUGACGAUGUGCUGGGAUUCGUACUGAAUCUGUUUUCUGGACGUGAAUCCGAUUCGGCGUGGCACGGUGGUUGUUUAGCGCUCGCAGAACUUGGGAGACGCGGCUUAUUGCUGCCUCAUCGUUUGAGCGACGUUAUUCCAGUGGUUUUGCAAGCCCUAGUUUUUGACGAACCUCGAGCUUACGGAUCGAUCGGUUAUCUGAUCAGAGACGCCGCUUGUUACAUAUGCUGGUCUUUUCCGAGAGCUUACGAUCCCCAUAUUUUCGAGCCUUAUGUCAAGGAAAUUGCGGCAAUGUUAUUGGUGGUGACAUGUUUUGAUAGAGAGAUAAACUGUAGGCGGGCAGCAUCUGCUGCAUUUCAAGAAAAUGUUGGCAGGCAGGGCAACUUUCCACACGGUAUAGAUAUACUGACUGUCGCUGAUUACUUCGAGGUUGGCGUGAGGAGCCACACAUAUCUCAAAGUCAGUGUCCAAAUUGCACAAUAUGAAGAAUACACGAAGCCCUUAAUAGACCAUCUAGUUGCCAAGAAAGUUACACAUUGGGACACCGCAAUCAGAGAACUCGCAGCUAGAUCGCUAUUCAAUCAAACGGCAGCUGAUCCGUAUUACAUGAUAGACAUGGUACUACCCACCUUAUUGGACAUGCUGAAUUCCAUCGAUUUAAACGUAAGACACGGUGCAGUAUUAGCAACUGCGGAGAUCCUCGAGGCUUUGUACAAUCAUUUCAGCGACAAGAUUGGAAGUAUCAUUGGAACCACGGCUGUGUCAGCCAUACAAGACGUAGUGCGAACUUUCAGAAGUAGGGGACAAUUUAAAGGGCUCGGAGGAGAGCUGAUGAAGCAAGCUUGUGCUUUGCUAAUAAAAAAAUGCUCCAUUGUUCAUUUCUCUAUUCAUCAGACUGAUGUUGUAGACGAUUGGCAGAAGCUGUUGGAAGAAUGCUUAAGCCACGAAGUGUCAGCAGUUAAAUCGAAAGCAGCCGAAGCACACGCAAGCUUCUUUGUGGAGUAUUACGUAGACAUCGACUAUGAGCGGAAUGCUGUGGUCAAUCGUUACUUGGAAUCUCUGCGAUCGAGCAACCAGUCUGUUAGGAUAGGCUUCGCACAAGCAAUUGGUCAUUUUCCGUUAUUUGUUGUUCGCGAAAGAGUGAAAGAUAUUAUAGAAGCUUUAAUGAUGUGCAUCGACAUAUCCGCAAGUACGUUAAAAUGGGCGGAGAGUAGGAAAGAAGCUUUGCAUUCUUUAACAAUGAUAUGCCAAACGUUAGGAAUUGACGAAGCAGGUGAGUUUGCACAAAUCUCUCGACAUAUUUUCCCUAAUAAUUUGUAUGUGGUAUUGAGCGAAAAGAAAAGAGGAAAAAUAUAUUUUCCAGACAAGUGGCAGUCGUUUAUGCCUGAUCUGUACAAUUGUUAUCUAUUGGCUCUUAAAGAAUAUACAAUAGACAGUCGCGGAGACAUAGGCGCUUGGGUGAGAGAAGCUGCUAUGAUUGGAUUACAUAUACUGACAAACUUGGUAUCGCAGGCGAAACUGUCAUCUAUACUGAAUGAAAACUUGAUGGCUUGCAUCAUCGGUGGUAUCGCACAGCAAGCUGUCGAAAGAAUAGAUGGAAUUCGAGCUCAAGCCGGUACCGUAUUUAGCGCGCUUAUACAUAGCGAACCACCGCUUCCCAAUAUUCCGUAUCACGAUGAACUGAAAGCUAUAUUUCCUCUUAACGAAUGUAAAGAGAGUAUCGAAUGGAGGAUGGAAUCCGCAACAUUUCCGCGAUUUAUUAAGAUGUUGAGUUUCCCGCCAUAUAAAAUAAAUCUAUUACGUGGAAUUAUAUUUAGUGUCGGCGGCUUGAGCGAAUCAUUGGUAAAAUACUCGAGCGUUUCUCUAUUUACUUAUUUACAAGAGAUCGACGAGGCAGGCUUGAAAGAUAUAUGUGAAAAGAUUUUAAGUAUAUUCGAAGAAAGCCAUAAAAACGAGAGGAUGAUAACAUCAAUGUUGGCUUUUCUGGAUCGUUUAUUGAGUUCGGGCUGUAUUCAGUCCAUUUUGGAUGAUGCAGACAAUACAAUCUCGGAACGUAUAUUGACAUUAUUGAAACAUGAGAUAAAAUAUUCCAGUAAUAUGAAACUGCUCAUCAGCAGCAUAAAUGUUUUCUGUCAGUUGCUACAAGCACGAGGUCCUAUUGCUAAAAGAGCAUUUUGUCAAUUGAGUAUAUUUUUGUGUCACAAAUACACAUGUCUGAGAAAGACUACUGCUGUACGUACUUAUGAAGCUUUAACACUUUAUGGAGAAGAAAUGGAUAUAACGGAAGAAGAUUUAGCAGAUAUACUCACAAAAUUGAACGCUACAGAUUGGGAGCAACCUAUCACAGAUUUGCGUCCAAUCAGAAAUCAUCUGUGCGAAUUAAUGAAAGUACCUGCUCCAGUUUUACAAAUGAAGUCAAUAAAUUAGAAGAGCAAUUUUAUAAAAAAAAAAAAAAUUCUUUUUUUCUUUUACGAAAGGUAUCUUCUUCAACAUUUACACUUAUGUGGUAUAUAAAGUGCUUAAAGUUUAACUGCUAAUUGUACUGAAUAACUACCUAAAGCGAUUCUGAAACAACCUUAAAAAUGUAGCAGUUUUCAGGACAGUUAACCAAGACUAACGCACGUUAUAUAUAAAAGAAAUAUAUAUACACACAUAUAUAUAUAUAUUUCUUUUUCUUAAAUACGUGUAAUACACGUGUACGCAUACGUAUCAGCAAAAAUUGACCCUUUUAUUUGCCUUUUUUACAACGUAAAAGGUAUACAUUUCGUAAAAUGUAUUUAAUAAUUUUAACUUUUCUAGGUACUUUUCUAUUGUAAUAUUUAUAUGGAAUAAAUGUAUAAAAUUAUAUUCAAAGCGUAGAGAAAAGUGUGUGGGUGUGUCGCGCGCGUGCGCACGCGAGAGAGAGAGAGAGAGAGAGAGAGAGAGAGAGAGAGAGAGAGAG